AUGAGGACCAACAUUUCUGUCAUCACCACGUUCUCUCUUUCAGGUUUCAACGAACUGACAAACCUGCGUGUGAUUGUUUUUGUUCUCACUUUGCUGUGCUACUGUUUCAUUUUGUUCGCCAAUAUUGCUCUGAUUAUGACCAUUGCAUUUGAUAAAACCCUGCACGAGCCCAUGUACAUCUUCCUGUGUGGGUUUUGCCUGAACGCACUCUCCGGAACUAUGGGAUUUUAUCCAAAAUUUCUCUCUGAUCUACUCAGUCCUGUUCAAGUCAUCUCCUAUGCUGGGUGUCUCCUUCAGGCUUGGGUGCUUUACUCUUUCAUCUGCAGUGAUAUUGCUAUUCUCACCAUCAUGGCGUACGACAGAUACCUGGCUAUAUGUCGGCCUCUGGAGUACCACAAUAUUUUGUCGAAGCGGAGACUCUGGGGCUUAAUGUGUUAUUCUUGUGUAACGCCUUUCUGUGUGGUCGGGGUGAACAUCUUGCUCACCUCCAGGCUGCGGCUGUGCAGUUCAGUCAUCACCAAGUUCUUCUGUGUGAACUGGAUCAUUGUUAAACUUGCUUGUUCCCCAUCAGACACCGUCAUCAACAACAUUGUCGCAAACAUCACAAUAAUACUUUAUGUCAGUCAUUGUUUGUUUAUCAUGUGGUCGUACCUGUAUCUUUCCAAAAUGUGCCUCAAUUCGAUUGAAAACAAGGCCAAAUUUCUGAAUACAUGUGUGCCGCAUUUAGUUUCCCUCUUAACCUUCCUUUUCAGUAUUUUGUUUGAUAUCAUGAGUAUGAGAUUGGGUUUGUUUCGGAUACCACAGAAUUUGCUGAACUUUUUUGCCAUCGAAGUCCUUCUCUUCCCUCCGCUCAUAAAUCCUCUGAUCUAUGGUUUUAAACUCACCAAAGUACGAAGACGGAUUAUUAGUCUUGUAACAUUUAAAGCUAAAUCUCGUGACAGUGUGGCGCUAUUUUAUCAGCAUCCUCGUCUCCAUGAGAAGAAGAAGGAGGCCGACAGCAGUGUGGUGCAGUACAUGCGAGCGAAUAAGCGACUCUUGUUAUUCCAUCACCGGACACGACAUCAAGGUUAA